AUGUCUCCCUCCGACUUUGUCAACCCCGCGAACCUCGCAUCGACGCCUAUGACUCCCGAAGCCCACUCUCCCGCUUCCGACUCUGGUCCCUCCCGCAAGCGGGCAAGGACUGAACUGUCUUCCGAGGAGAAGAAGGAAGCGCGAGCCCACCGUAACCGCAUUGCGGCGCAGAACUCCCGCGAUCGCCGCAAGGCCCAAUUUUCCUACCUUGAGCGCCGUGUGGCCGAACUUGAGGAGGAGAACAGGCAGCUUCGCGCUGGCAUGGGCAUGACCCGUGUCGAUGAGAAGAAAGUCGAGGAGCAGGAGCGUGAGCGCGCUCGCGAACGUGAGAAUGAAGAACUGCGCGAACGAAUUAGAACCCUGGAGAAAGGCUGGGACGCCGUCGUCAAAGCCCUCGCCGCUCAGGGCCUCCCCACUGGUGUGGCACCUCCGACGCCGAUGUCCGAGGUCGCCCAGUCACCCUCGUCAAAUGACACAACCUCUACCCACUCUACAUCCCCUUCAGCCGCGGCCUCGGAGCCAGCUGUCUUAACGCAGCAGCCUGUCACCAGCACCCUCUCCGUCCCGCCCACAACGGUCUUCCCCCUCUCCCCCGCACCCACCUCUACCUCCAUGGAUCUCGACUAUCCGUCCCCCGACGUCUCGUACGAUGACUUCGCCGCUGUUCCUGCCUUCACUGCCGAACAGACCGCCUCUGAACAAGAUCCCACUCGCCACCUAGCACGGGUGGCGACCAUUGAGGACGAGUCCUCGAUGUCCCUGCAGCGGGUGGUUUCGAAUUCACGCAGUCUACCGGUGGUCAAGCAGGCGCAGCCGGCCAUGCCGUACAGGCUGACGACGCGCACGUCCCUGUUGACGAUGCCGCAAUGGACAACCUCUUGCGAGAGAUCCUCACCGCCUCGCCUUACCUGUCGCCUUCGAAUUUACCUGCGGAGGGCGCCGCUUCGGCGGAUGUCCCAGCGCCGCAAGUAG